CUGCCUUUUAAAGACCAAGAGUUUAAGGUGGCAAAGCCUAGUAAAGAAAACCUGGGCCCUUGAAAAUUAUGGAGUGAACGUAUUAGUCCUCAUUAUCCAACUCUGGACUUCCUUCUUAGGAAAGAAAAUACAGGAAUGUGUGGUGAUGAGAGCCUUCAGAUCUUUGUGGGGCAAGAAGGGGACUGCUUGCCACUGAUGGAAAGGGGAACUUGUAAGCUUGAGGACUCUCAUCAAUGGGACUGUGUCCUGGUGGCUGAUCUCCAGACCCAGAAAUCCGAGAAGCAGGUCCAGAGGCAACGGCAGUUCCUGGAGAAACUCGAAAGCAAGGGCUUCCACUACAAGAUAAUAAAGGACCAGAAGAAGGUGUUCUUUGGGAUUCGUGCUGACAGUAGGAUCUUUGACCUGUACCGGACUCUUCUCAUGAAGCCCGAAGAUCCUGGCCCCAGAGCCAAACUGAGCAAUAUUAACUCCAUCCCAGUUACCACAAGGAUCCGAAUUGUGAGCUUCAUCGUCAACAACAAGGCAAAACCCGGUGAUACCUUUGAGGAUCUAGUGAAAGAUGGAGUGUUUGAGACCAUGUUUCCUCUGCACGAGGGGGAAAAAGAACUGAAGAGAAAAUGGGCCCGAUGGAGAAACAUGUUCCGGAAACAGCCGAUUGAUGACAUUAGGAACUACUUCGGCGAGAAGGUGGCCCUGUAUUUCGCCUGGCUUGGCUGGUACACCUACAUGCUGGUGCCUGCUGCUGUGGUGGGCCUCGUCAUCUUCCUGAGUGGCUUCGCCCUCUUUAAUUCCAGCCAGAUCAGCAAAGAGAUCUGUGCGGCAGACGACAUCUAUAUGUGCCCCCUUGGUGACAACAGUCACAAUUACCAGCCACUCUCCGGAAUGUGUGCUUUUGCGAAGCUCACUCAUCUCUUUGACAAUGAUGGCACUGUGGUGUUUGCCAUCUUCAUGGCUCUGUGGGCCACAGUGUUUCUGGAGAUCUGGAAGCGGCAGCGCGCCCGUGUGGUCUUGCACUGGGACUUGUACGGAUGGGAUAAGGAAGAGGAAGAGAUGGCCCUUCAGCUCAUCAACUGCCCAGACUACAAGCUGAAGACCCAUCACCACUCCUACCUGAGCAGCACCAUCAUUCUCAUCCUGUCCCUGUUCAUGGUACUGCCGGGAACUGUGCUGAGGGCUGGAGACCCAGCUAUCUCCAUCCUUCAUGGCGGCCCCCCCCACCCUUCGCAGAUCUGUUUCAUGAUUGGCAUGGCCCAUGUGCUGGUCGUCUACCGUGUGGUGGCCGCUGCUCUGUUCAGCAGCAUCAUGGAGCACCAGGUGACGACUGUCGUGGUGGUGACCGGAGCCGUGGUGCAUUAUGUAAUCAUAGUCAUCAUGACCAAGGUCAACAAAUAUGUAGCCCUGAAGCUUUGUAGCUUUGAGGAUCCCAGGACCUUUUCAGAGCGAGAGAGCAAGUUCACUGUCAAGUUUUUCAUCCUGCAGUUCUUCGCCCACUUCUCUUCUCUCAUCUACAUCGCCUUCAUUCUGGGCAGGAUCAAUGGUCACCCUGGGAAGUCCACGCGCCUGGCCGGCCUGUGGAAGCUAGAGGAGUGCCAUCUCAGUGGCUGCAUGACGGACCUGUUCAUCCAGAUGGCCAUCAUCAUGGGGCUGAAGCAAACCCUGAGCAACUGUAUUGAGUACCUGCGCCCGUGGUUUGCCCAUAAAUACCGCUUGAUGCGGGCUUAUAAACGCGGCAUUAAGUCCAAAGACCCAGACCUGGAGGAGUGGCAGCGUAACUACCGCAUGAAUCCAGUCAACACCUUCAGCCUGUUUGAUGAAUUCAUGGAGAUGAUGAUCCAGUAUGGCUUCACCACCAUCUUUGUGGCUGCCUUCCCACUGGCACCGUUACUGGCACUCUUCAGCAACCUUGUGGAGAUCCGCCUGGACGCCAUCAAGAUGGUCAGACUACAGCGGCGCCUGAUUCCUCGCAAGGCUAACGACAUAGGGACCUGGCUGCAGGUACUGGAGACCAUUGGAGUGCUGGCAGUCAUUGCGAAUGGGAUGGUCAUCGCCUUCACCUCCGAGUUCAUCCCCAGAAUAGUCUACAAGUACCACUAUGGCCCAUGCACGCAGAACAGGAACUUCACAGCUGACUGCCUCGAGGGCUAUGUCAACCACAGCUUGUCCGUCUUCUACACCAAGCACUUCCAGGACCAUGGCAAGAUAGGAAGCCAAGCAAAUGUGACUGUGUGCAGGUACCGGGACUACCGAAACGACCGUGACUACAAUUUGUCUGAGCAGUUCUGGUUCAUUCUGGCCAUCCGGCUGGCCUUCGUCAUCCUCUUUGAGCAUGUCGCCUUAUGUAUCAAGCUCAUUGCUGCAUGGUUUGUGCCCGAUGUGCCCCAAUCAGUGAAGAAUAAGGUUCUGGAGGAAAAGUACCAGAUACUUCGGGACAAAAUGUGCUUCAGUUCUAGGAGCACAGACGUGUAGACCACCCGAGGCAGCGGAGAAAUGCUGAUUUCCAGGAGCCUGGACUAGGAAGGAGGCCCCAUCUCUGCAGCUUGCCUCUGUCCAUGACAGUGUGUAUGUGUAUGUUGAGGGAGGCUGUGAAAAGGUCCAUGUAUAUGUAGGGUCCUCGGUGGUCUACAUAUACGUCAGUGAAAGACGAUCAUAGGAGGUCCUUGAAUAUGUGUAGGCAUAUUUGGGCUCCCUAGAAACAUACAUUAUAUGUUAUAUAUGUUAACCAAGGGAGACUCUUGGAUACGUAGGGGAUCACUGGAAUUCCAUGUAUAUUUGAGGGUAUUUAUGAUCGGCACAGAUGUGCCUGUGGAGUUUGUUCUAACUUUCCUAGGGUUCGAAUGUGUCACAGACCUGACUUGAAACUCUUCAGUGACCCUGGGUAGUACCCAUAGAACUUUAGGCUGCUCGUAAGAUCCCACUGUAGUAAAAUUAGCCCGAGUUCCACGGACCUCCUGGCUUCUGGGCCCCAGAUCCUGCUCUGUGGCCUCCUACUUGGUGGGAAGCCCAGAGAGACUAACUUCUGCCCUCUGCUCCCCCAUCGAUAAAACUUUUUACAAACAAAAUAAACCUGUGUGUAUUGAUCUCUGA